UGGGAACAUGUGACUAUGAGAUAAUUUUAAACUUGGCACUCAUCCAUUGAAAUCGUCAGUUUGCAUAGUCAUGACAAAUCAUUGGCUCUAUUAGAUUUUAGAAGCUGCAGUGAUAUAAUAUACCAUUAAAAGGAGAAAAACUUUCAAAAUGCCAUCUAUAGCAGAAAAUAUUGCUGAUAUUAAAAGUACUGUAGUUACUGAGGUGCCUGCAGGUUCAACUGUAGUUUUAAACUGUGAUAGUAAUGAUUUUGAUCAUAACUUUAUGUUCUGGCUCAUGGAUUCCCAUCCUUUAAAAAUAAUUGGCCCUGAGACGACAUUUGAUGAAAAAAAAUAUAAAUAUGAAGUAUUAUCUGGAAAGCUACAUAUAAAUAGUGUGUCACCAACUGAGUCUGGUUAUUAUAAAUGCUUUUCAAAGAAGCUUGAUGGUGUUGGUGUUACAGUAGGGGAAGUAGAGAUGAUUGUUCAUGGAUCAACAUUCACAACAGCAGAUGCAAUUAAAUUGUCAGCUAUUGUAAUCUCCAUACUAGUGCUGAUAGUGUGUGCUGUUAUAUACUUUAGGUUAAGAAAAGAAUGGAACAAAUAUGAUGGUCGUACAGCUGUGCCAGUGGAAGAAGAUGAAGAGGAUGGUGAAGAAAUAUAUAAUCGUACUACUACUGCUAUCAGUCAACCAGCACCAGGUCCAAGCCGAAAUCAAUCUUCUGAACAUCUUUUAUAUGGUAUUGAUAACCAGGGACUAGACACAGAUUUUAAUUCUGUCUUUGAAAAUAUACAAAUAAAAACACCAAGUCCAAGUUUAAUAUAAAUUUUGUUUCUAAAUUAUAAGUUAUCUAUGAGUUCAUAUUAUGUAUAUAUAUGUUUUAUAUUAAGGAAGUAAACUAAAACAAUAAUUUUUAAUUAAGCUUUUGAUAACUAAAAAUAAGUAGAGGUAUGGAUAGACCAGGUCAAAUAAGUUGUUAAGUAUUCAAAUAUUAUCAAUAAUUAAAUAUUCUCUUAUGUACUCUUUAACAGUGAAGUAUUUUUUGUUCAACUUUCAUAAUCCAAAUAUUGUAUAUAGAGAUAGGUAUAUUAAAUAAAAUUGCAUAAAGUUUCA